UUAUCAACAGAUGUUCACAAUUGGCAUGGCUGGUGUGUUUCCCAUCAGAAGAAGAACAUCACAAAAACUACAAUUACUCGUGGAUCAUCUCCUACUGUCCAUCCUCACGUCUGUCGUUGCUGUGCUCGGUAUUGGUCUUUACGCGGUUGCUCUGAACGAGUUGUACAGAAAGCGAGUGUUAUUCGGGAUGAACUUUCAAGGAUGCGAAAAGUAUGAAUUUUUGUCAAGAAAGUUUAAUGACAUGAAGCUUGAAGUGGGCUGUCACACUAACAUCGCUCUCAAUGCUCUCCUCAUCGAAUGCUAUUUGGUGAAAUUCGUGCUUAGCGUCUGGUCAGCGGUCUUGUGUUUCCGUGGCUUUUCUCAGCUACUGGCUUCCCAAAACCAGGAACAGCCAACAAACGCCGCCGUGAUUACCCAGGGUGUUAUGUGUUGUCCAGUCAUUUUUGUGCAGCAACCUCCGCCGGCGUACUACGCAACCGCAGAGUCUCCUCCACAGGGUACCCAUGAUUAUGAGGGCAAGGACUCUACCAUGGCUCACGCAAAACAAGGAUAGCCGCUGAACGGUUGAAAGAGGCCGUCGCAUCUAAGUAAGAAAGUAGAAGAACUUGAAUGAACCGUGUAGAACUUAAAUGAACCGUGUAGAACUUAAAUGAACCGUGUAAAACUUGAAUGAACCGUGUAGAACUUAAAUGAACCGUGUAAAACUUGAAUGAACCGUAUAGAACUUAAAUGAACCGUGGAGAACUUG